UGACGCUGGAACGGUGGCUGCUUUUUUCUUUCCAAAGGAAUGUCGCUGCUAUAUCUCUGUUGGGAUGGAGGUCUGACAGAUAUUUUGAGACAAAGAUGUCGGGACAACAGUUUCUUAUCUCAUUACAUAACCAUGAUGCUCAAAACAACAUGGUAGUUACAUCCACCACUGACUGGCGAGCAAGAACAUUCAGUCAGGUUUGAGAGAUCAGCGGCUGAAUUCAGAGUCACUAUUUAGUAUUUUGGCAUCAGAUUUUCUUCUAAGCAUGGACCUUUAGAUUCCUCAGCCAUCAGGAUACACUUUUACUCUUUAACUUCGGUUGUUGUGGGACGAAUUGUCAGGGAAGUUCCACUGUACUACCACUUGUUUCUGAACAAGCUAGUGAAGCCUCGUCAAGAUGUUUUCAGCGCUGAAGAAGCUGGUGGGAUCUGAGCCAGGGCAGUUCAGGGAGAAGAAUAUCCCAGCUGGCAUGCAGUCGAUGAACCAAAGUUUGCAGAGACGCUUCGCCAAAGGGGUUCAGUAUAAUAUGAAAAUAGUCAUCCGGGGAGAUAGGAACACUGGAAAGAGUACUUUAUGGCAUCGCCUGCAGGGCAAGAAGUUUGUGGAGGAGUACAUACCGACUCAGGAGAUCCAAGCCACAAGUAUACAUUGGAAUUACAAAACUACUGAUGAUGUGGUCAAAGUAGAGGUUUGGGACGUGGUUGAUAAAGGCCAAAAAUAUCCUCUCCCUGAAGGUGUAGGCAAAGGCAAAAGGCGUGGAGACAAUUUGAAACUGGAGAAUGAGCCCCAAGAGUCCGAUGAGGUUGCCCUGGAUGCAGAGUUCCUGGAUGUGUACAAGAACUGCAAUGGAGUCAUCAUGAUGUUUGACAUUACUAAGCAGUGGACAUUUAACUACAUCCUGAGGGAACUGCCCAAAGUACCCACCCAUGUGCCGGUGUGUGUGUUGGGUAACCACAGGGACAUGGGCGAGCAUCGUGUCAUCCUUCCUGAUGAUAUAAGGGACCUGAUUGCUGGACUGAACAGACCAAUGGGAUCAUCUUACAUCCACUAUGCUGAGUCUUCUAUGAAGAAUGGGUUUGGCUUGAAAUAUCUGCACAGAUUCUUCAACAUCCCCUUCUUGCAGCUACAGAGAGAGACCCUCCUGAGGCAGCUGGAGACCAACCAGCUCGACAUGGAUGCCACCCUGGAGGAGCUCUGUGUCCAGCAGGAGACUGAAGAUCAAAACUAUGAGAUUUUCCUGGAGAACUUGGAGUCUCGCAGUAAGAGCUAUGGCUCUCCUGGUCCAGCUAACGGUUCCUCCUCAGGCUCUCAAUCCCCCAUCGUCCCUCCCAGUGGGGCCUCCACAGGCAGCUCCAGCCCCAGCACCCCUCAGCCUCCCAUCCUCUCUCAGAUGAUCCCGCAGUCACCAUCUGUGUCUGCGUCCUCCCCUCCACCUCCCUCAGCAGCGGUUAGCGGGGCAGCUUCACCUACUGUUGAGUCAAAGCCAUCAGCCCAGUCUCCUGAGCACCAACAGUCCUCAGCUGCAUCUGGAGCCUUGGCCCCCCAGAAACGCAGCUUCAUCUCCCGUUGGUUUGGUUCAUCACCUGCUGCUGAUGCUCCUGUUUCUGCACCAGAGGACCCUACUGCACCAGUGUGUCCUGCUAAGGUUCAGAGUGUGGAUGAUUUUGUGCCAGAUGAGGGACUGGACAAGAGUUUCCUGGAGGACAGCCUGCCCACAAAGACCAAGGUGCCGCAACCUGCACAUGCUCCAGCUCUGGACAGUGACAGUGAUGGCGAAGACAGAGGAAACCCCAUGGUGUCUGGCUUCCAGGAUGAGCUCGAUCCUGAUGACACUAAGCCCAGCCUUCCCCAACCUAAGACCCUGCCCCCCAGUAAAGAUAUCACUCUAACUAGUGACGAGGAGGAAGGAGUACCAGCAGCCCACACUAUCACACAGGACCAAGACUUGGACAGUGAACCUGAGCUGAAAGCGCCUGUGGUGCAUAUCACAAAACCAAAGGUGGCAUCUAAAGCUCCAGAGCCCAGAAGCCAGACCACAGCGCCCAUCUCCCUCACUUUAAUUCCAGCAGUUGAACAGCCAGCCCUGCAACAAGGCAAGAAGAAGGGAAACACACCCAAAACUGAGGACUCUGAUACCGACCCCGAGGCCCCUGUCGCCCAGCAAAUGCUCUCUUUUGUCAUGGAUGACCCCGACUUUGAGUCGGAAGCUUCAGACACACCAAAAAUAGCAAAGGAUACAUUUCCAGUUAGGGACGAGCUUCUGUCUGAUCUCUCUGACGAUGACAUGCAGUUAGCCAAAGUGCCAGAACCUAUGAAGCCCACUGUGAUUUCCUUCAAACAAAAGGACGACACUGACCUGUUUGGCCUCGGCAUCCAAGAAGAGGCUCCCACAGCCAAGGACAGCAGUGAGGAGCAGGAAGAGAAAGAAAGCAAACAUUCCUCUAAAGAGAAGAAGAAAAAGAAGAAGAAAGGCAAAGAGGAGGAUGACAAAAGUAAGAAGAAACACAAACACAAGAAAAAGGAAAAAGACGAAGUUGCUGAAGGAGACGACAAAAAGAAAAAGAAAUCCCGGACCAAGAAAACAGAUGUGGAUGAACUGGAGGACUUUCUGGGCGGAGGAGCAGGUUUGAUCAAAAGAGAUGACGGUGAUUAUGAAGAACUAUAAAGGCCUCUGUUUUAUUAGGAAAUGGAGCCACUGAUCAACAGAAAGGCACAUGGUCAUUCAAAAACUCCUGGAUCCUUGACUUGUAUGUGCAUAAAGCAGCAUCUCCAAGCCAUACGCAAUACGCAAGGCUACUGACGACACCCAGGUAAAAUAACCAAGGACUCUGGUACCUGUAUGUUCCUUCUGUUUGAUUUCCCCAUCUGCACUACUGCUGUCACCUCCGCUCCAAACAGUAAGAAAAGGCAGGGACACCCUCAUGUUCUGUAGUGAGCUAUGACAUAAAAUUUGAUUGGUGUAGCCACAGAUUGGCUCUUUGUACUUUGAUAUGUUGGCUGAAUAUUUUCUUUGAUUUGAUACACUCUGUAAGUGAUCCACUCCAAAUCAACUGCUGUAAAUAGGGUUAUUAUUUUGUCUGAAUGUUUGUGUGGUUCGUGUAAUAAUUGAGAGCAUGCUCACAGUGACGACUGACUCUUUGGAGACUCCAUAGUGUAGAUCAUUUUUCUCUUCUCUCAUUUCGGCUGAAAUGGUUUCAGACAGAUCCUUGUCCAGAUUUAUUCUUUUGUCUCUAAUUAUGAACAGUGAAAAAUUCAGAGUGAGUAAAUUAGGAAUGUUGCCAUUCAGCAACAAAGGAAAUGGCUUACCCUUCUUCUUACUCUUGGAGUAUGUCCACACUAAACUGGCUUAAUUUUAAAAUGCAUCUUUUUGUCUCUUUCUGCUUUUUGUCCACACUGUUUUUAUCCAACAACGUAGCUUUUUGAAAAACAGUAUCCGAGCUCUUGGAAAACCAUGUUUUAAGCCUAAAAGGUGGCAGCAAAGUCAAGAAGACAAAUUUUUGUCACCUCCAACAAUCUCUGUGAUCACUUUUUAAAUUGUUGCUAUAGCCAAUCACACACUACAGGGGUUAUCAUUAGGCUGUGUUUAUCCUGAUUUUGGUCAGUCCUUCUCAUCAUAAAUAGUAAUUUGAGAAAAAAUCAUUAUCAUUUGGAAGUUUUUACAAACUGCAAAUAAGGACUGAGUUAUGAAUUUGACUGUCUUAAAAACUGGCAUUAUAAUGAAUAUCCCGUCUGGAUACGGAAAAACGCAGUAUGUUGACGCAGUAUUCCAAAAUGUAAAUGCACAGAAUGCUGUUGGGUCGGCCGCACUGCAUCUGCAGGGGAUCAUACUCGGCUUGUUUGUGGAUCUCAACCUCAGUAUAAAUGACAUCUGUACAGUAUGACCACCUUGCGAAGAAAUAAUUGUCCAGUAAAGUCACCAAACUCUGUCUCUUCUACUCACAAGCAAUCCUGGCAGAAGCUGUAAGUAGCAGCUGUAGCUAGCAAGUCUUCCCUUGGAAGAAGUGAUUUAAAAAAUUGACAACCAUCCAUAGCACUCCUUCUUUUGACUGACUGUUUGUUGACAGGUCCGCCAACAUUUCUAACUAACUUGCACUUGUAUUUGGUGAGGAUGAUAGGCUUGCUAGCUUGAUUUGUCUGUGAUUUGAACAGUGUCUGUAUGUUGCACAUUGAUACUGAGAGAUGGUACUUAAAGGAUAACUCCAACUUAUUUCAACUUGGUGUAUUUCUCAUAAAUGUGGUUAUUGUGGGUCUAUGGGUCAUGUUAACUUUGCACUCGUCACCUCAUCAUGGAUGACCUUCAGGGGAUUGAGGCAAAACAGAGUUUAUAUUGGGACAACCAGGCUCAGAGUCUAAAUGUAUACACAGAAUGUAGACGCUGGGAUCAUCCAUUAUGGGGAACCUAUAUGGAUCUACAUGGAGGGGCACUUGCUGGAUGACCUAAUCAUUCUAUUUAUGAAUAUUUCUUUACAGUGGAUCCAGGAAUAUAACCAAAAGCUAGUGUUUGCUGGUGGAGACACAUGUUGUAAACCCUCACACAGCAUAUUACAUGUUGUGUUGUUUAAUUUCAUAUCUGGGCAGCUGAGCGUUUGACCAGUCGGCCUCUAUCUUCUGUCAGUUUUGGGAAGAUGAAAUAAGUCUUCAGGAGGACAAUGUUGAUAAGCGCUGCAAAACCAUUCCUUGUAGUCGCACUGCUGGAAUUCCUAUCAUCGGUGGAGAUAUCUGAGAUGUCUUGAUUCUGCAGCAGAGGGUUGUUUUUCUGGAUGGUCCUGCCUGUUUGUUUCAGCUCAUCGUCUGUUUACUCUGGUUUGGAUAAAUGCAGUCGACCACCGCAGGGAAAUGACUCGUCCUCAUAAUCCUCCACAGCACAAUUCUUUAUUGAAUUUAGUUUUAUGAGUUUCCUUAUAAGACUGUAUAACAGCAGUGAAAGUCAACCUCUCACACGUAAAAAAAAAAAAACUGGCGGUGCGGCAGAAUAUGCAGGGGGGUUAGGUCAGCCUGCAAGUUGCCCUGGAUGUGAUAAGUUGGCCAAUAAUGACUGUUACUAGCAGCUGUGUUUAAUGACUUACUAGCAGCUGUGUUUACUUUGGGUCAGACUGAGAGACAAAUGUUUAAAAUGAUUCAUGUGAAAACAUGUUUAUUUGGAAAGCUGUAGGAUGCUUGUGCUGGUUGCACCAAUAUACACUGUUUUCCCCGUAUCUGAACAAUGGAGUGCAAAGUUAGUAUUAGCCAUGAGCUACAAAAGUCACAUUUAUGGGAAUUAGACCAAGUUGAAAUAAGCUGGUAUUAACCUUUAAUGAAUGGGAGCUGUGUGUGUUUGUGCAUCUUUUCUAAUUCUAACUCUAAUUAUUAAUAUGUAUUGUGGCUUAACCUCUGAGUCUGUAAUGUGUGAAACUGAGUAUCAGAGAGAAACUUAACUUUUAAGUUUAAUUCCAAUUUGGCAGUGACGGGGAAGUAACACUACUUAACGCCUAAAAACUGUUUAAAUGUCCACUUUCAGGUUUGUCAAACUUUUUAUUUGUAUAUUGAAAACCUAAAGAUUUUCUUUGUGUACUCCAUCCAAGAUCAAAUACCUGGUCGCAAACAGAAUAAAAGUUUCACAAAUGUGAAACUGUAUUUUAAACUAUCUUUAAAAUCUCUCAGUAAAUCUAAAAUCUAAACUCGGUUUGUGGUCUGGAUAGAGAAAAAGUUCUGAAAUCACAAUUUCUUGUGUUUUCACAAGUAGAAUAAAGUGGAAAUGUGGUGGUUUUUAAGAAAGAAUUGGCCUGUUGUCUGGUUUCCUAGUUUUCAUAAAACGGUUUCCCAAAUCUGCUUUUAAACUGCUUUAACUAGAAUGUCUAAGUCCCCUUCACAGCAACAGUGGAUCAGAAUAGAACGGCAUCUUCUUCUCACGGUGUCUAUAUUGUAUUGUUAGUAUCAUUUUUUAUUGUUAAUAUUAUCAUUUAAGUUUUCCAUAACUUUCCCCUUAACUGCCAAAUCAAAAGCUAACGUCAGCAUCACCUUUUUCUGCACAACUGUAAUUGUUGCGUUAAUAGAAAGGUCGAUGUGAUUCAAAAGAGAGAGGGAUCAGGUUAGUCCUAUGGUUUCUACUCUAAUUACAGAGCCACAGCUUAACACGCAUGUAAAGGCGACUUCCACAGAGAGGAACUUGCUAGUCUAGAGAGUGAUCAUCAUCUGACUCACCAGCCGUGUGUCAUGGAAAGUGUCCUGGAAAAUGAUCAGCCUGCCCUCGCUGCCCAGUGAGACCAUGUAUUGCUCCAGGUUCAUUUUUGAAUCCUAAAGCUGUGUUUACAUACAGAAACAUUUGUUGUUGGUGCUGUCGGGUGCUGGCUUAUACUGGAUGUAGUCUUGGUGGGAAACUAACAACAGACACUAAGCAACACUUUCAAUUUUAUAAUAUCAUCCACUGGUCAAAAUGGCUGAAACAAACUAUCUUCUCUCCCCGUUCACUUCACUUUUCCUGGCCUUCCUUUCUCUGCCACAUGCAAUAGGCUAUGUACAAAUUCUCCUCAUGUUUUCUGCAAUUGCCUUAAUGGAGGUUAUUACAAGGGAAUCACAUGCCGCUAUCCUCAUGAACCAUUAUAUUAAGUGUUCUUAAUGUCAACAGUUUAGUAGCUCAGUUGGGUUAAACAGAAUAUGUCAUCCUUAAAGCCUGUUGUAAGGUUGCACUGAGUCAGUACAUUUGUUUGGCUUUUUUUUUUUUUUUUUUGGACAGCAAAACAUCAUAAAGGAGUAUGAUGGAAUUAUGUUGAAAAUGAUCUGUUCGUGCAACAUUUCCAAAAAUUUCUCUUUGUUUUAUUCUUGUGUUAUUUAUUGCUUCUGUUUUGUUUUUUUGUUUUGUUUUGUGUCUGAGUUUUUGUUUGCGAUUUGUCCUGAAACUGUCCUUAGCAGUCAAACAACAUCAUGCAGCUUUUUAUGGCUUUUUGUUGUUCACAUUCGUGAACUUUCUCCUGUAAUACAUUCUCCAAACGGUUUAAUUCCACUGCUUUUAAGGAAAUGUACGUGGUGAUAUGUCCUGCUAAACUUUUACCUUCAUUUCUUUUGUCCAAUGCCUCAAAUUGCCUGCUCAUGAUAGACAGAAAUGACAUAUAGUAUCUUCCAUAAAAUGCAUCAUCAAAAUGUUUCAAAUAAGUGAAGCAUUCUUGCAUCUAAGAUAAGUAAUGUGUAUUUUUAGACAUGUUUUGACAAGUGACAGGUUUCAUACAUUUUCCAUUUCCCAUACAUACGGUUACACUGUUGGUUUACAAAGACAUUAUGUUUGAUAUUCCAAAGUUGAAACUAUGCAGCAUUGAUCCUGAAUACUGUAUGCUGUUUUUUUGUCUUCUGUCAUGUGAUUGAGGAUAAAUGCUGAAAGCAGUUUCAAAGCAAAGCAUGAGACUUAAAUGUACAGUAAAAAGAGAAUGUAUAAAGUAUAUAUAUAAAUAGAUAUAUUUGAAGAGCUGUGUUCCAAGAUGAUAUACAGUAUACACCAUGUGGAAACAAAGCUCCAGUAGGGAAAUUAUAUGCACAAGUACAGUCACUUAUACAGUUUAUUGGUGCACCUGGCUGAAACUAAUGCAGAGUAAUCCAACAGUCCUGCAAUAAAUCAUCCUUCAUGAAGGUUAAAAUGCUCAGUGUUUGUUGAAACUGUUAAAGAGGUGUUGACUCAUUUUAACCGCUGAAUUGUAUUGUGCUAUGUUGACAAGUGUUUCUGUGAUUUUAGGGUAAAUCACAGAAACUCCUCUUUUCAACAGCACCACAAACUAAAUGAUACAUAUCAUAUCAUAAUCAUACAGCUGAAUCAGCACCUCUUUAACACAGUUUCAAUAAAAACUAAACAUUAUAACCUUCGUCAAGGGAGAAUUUAUUGCAGACUGUUGUAUUAGUGUUAGCCAGGUGUUCCUAAUAAACUGUCGACUGAGUGUAUAUAAUAGAUAUUGUAUUUCAGAUACUGUUUCCACAUGGAUGUAUGACAUUUUGGAAUGAAACCCUUCAUAUAUUUUUCACCCCAUGACAUGUUCCAUCUUUACACUGUGUGAGUUUGCCUAUGUUUGGUUUGUCCAAUAAAUGCAAACUUAUUUCUUCAUAAAGGGAA